AUGAGCCCAGUCUGUCUUGCAUGGAUUGUGGCAGCAAGGAAUGGUUUUGCUGCUACUGCUGGGAAACCUUUGCUGGCAAUGAUGGAUGAGGAAAACAGCGAGGGUAUGAUGUCGAUGACGACACCGCCGACAAUGGCAUCCAGCAGCAGCAGCAACAGCAGGGAUGGUCUGCCAUGGGCAGCACCCGUCGCCAUGCCAGCCAUGGGCGGGGUCAGCAGAAGAGACUUCCUCAAGGUUCGACGCCUCCGUCGCCAGCAGGUGGAGCCACAGGAGUACACGGUGUGUUCCCGAUACCCGACGACGCCGUCGAGACCUACUACGACAAGGCCUCCAUCAGCUGCUGCUCCUAAUCCUCCAUCAGCUGCUGCUCCUAAUCCUCAUGCCAUCUUCCGGAUGAACCCUACUGUCGAUGAUGACCCCAAUUUGGUCAUGGCCAACUUUCGACAUCUUACGCCGGCGGGGCGAGAGAACAUGGACACCACAACACCUAUUGCUCCUGUAUCUUCUGACAACAUGCAUGGUGAACAUCAUGCCUCGGAUGCGCUGAUGCGCAGUUUCGAGAAAUUCAUGCGACCGCAAAUCGAAGGAACACGAUUCCAAGACAAGGGUAUUGACACAGACAACAAAAACUCCGUCAACGAGAUGAGCAAUGAUGAAAAAGAAGCGUAUGAUGGCCACAGGCAGUGGAGAUUUUCAGUGUUGAGAAGUGACCAUGCUCCUGCUGCUGCUGAUGGAGAACAAGCUGCUGCAUCAACUUCUUCAUCUUCCGCAUCGUCGUCAAAAGUCGUGUCAUCCACCAGAAAUAAUUCGAAGAACAACAAGUUCAUCAUGUACAAACUGCUCAAGAAGGUGAGUUUCUGCACACUCGCACGGAACUCGGCGAAAAAAAUGACAAAUGAUCAGCAGCAUCAACAACAACAAAAGGCUGGUACUCAUACUGAUGCUGACAAAGACACUUUGGCCUUGGACAAUGAGACAGCGACGACGACGUCGACGGCAGAAACAAAAACGAAUAAUAGGCAAGAGGUUCAUCAUCAUCAUCAUCAUCACCAGCCACAGGGUGGCAGCAGCAGUAACAGGGCCUUGGAGGACGCCAUCAUCAGUGCACUGAUGCCCCCGGAUGUGCAAAGGGACUUGGCGGCAGCCGACGCUGCAAUGGGUGAACAUCAUGCACUGCCUUCCGCCAAGGUCCGAAACGAAAAAGAGGACUCAAAGAGCCAAGUUUUGGCAAAAAAUUGA